UGUGAGCCACCAUGUGGUUGCUGGGAAUUGAACUCAGGACCUCUGGAAGAGUAGUCGGGUGCUCUUAACCGCUGAGCCAUCUCUCCAGCCCGCUGCCUUUGGAUCUGAAUAUAGAACUCUCACCUCCUUCUCCAGAACCUUGUGUUCUGUGUGCUACCAUGCUAUAUGUCAUGAUGAUAAUGGAUUAAAGCUUUGAUACUGUAGAGCCCACUGAGUCCAGUUAGUGGAUGUGUCUUUGAGGCUAACCACUCGAGCAUGGGCAACCUACCGGCAGCCACAUACUCAAAGAAAAAUGAUUCCUCUCCCAGUAGCCAACAAUUGUCAAGCGCUCUUGAGUUAGAGGUGGAGUCUUCUGAGCCCCUCUCCCAUCAGUGUUGUAAUGUUGGCUGGAUUGAUCUUGUUCAGCCGGAGAAUGCUGGAGGAGACCUUAAGGAUGGUUGUCACCACUACGAAGGAGCUGUUGUCAUUCUGGAUGCUGGGGCUCAGUAUGGAAAAGUCAUUGACCGAAGAGUGCGGGAGCUCUUUGUACAGUCUGAAAUCUUUCCCUUGGAAACACCAGCUUUUGCCAUAAAGGAACAAGGAUUUCGGGCUAUUAUCAUAUCUGGAGGACCUAAUUCUGUGUAUGCAGAGGAUGCUCCCUGGUUUGAUCCAGCAAUAUUUACCAUUGGCAAGCCUGUCCUAGGAAUUUGCUAUGGAAUGCAGAUGAUGAAUAAGGUUUUUGGAGGCACUGUGCAUAAAAAAAGUGUUAGAGAGGAUGGCGUUUUCAACAUUAGUAUGGACAAUACAUGUUCAUUGUUCAGGGGCCUGCAGAAGGAAGAAAUUGUUUUACUUACACAUGGAGACAGUGUAGACAAAGUAGCUGAUGGAUUCAAGGUUGUAGCUCGUUCUGGGAACAUUGUUGCAGGUAUAGCCAAUGAAUCUAAGAAGCUAUAUGGUGUACAGUUCCACCCUGAAGUUGGCCUUACAGAAAAUGGAAAAGUAAUACUGAAGAAUUUCCUAUAUGAUAUAGCUGGAUGCAGUGGGAACUUUACUGUGCAGAACCGAGAACUUGAGUGCAUUCGAGAGAUUAAAGAGAAAGUAGGAACGUCAAAAGUGUUGGUUUUACUCAGUGGUGGUGUAGAUUCAACUGUUUGUACUGCUUUGCUAAAUCGUGCUUUGAACCAAGAUCAAGUCAUUGCUGUACACAUUGAUAAUGGCUUUAUGAGAAAACGAGAAAGCCAGUCUGUUGAAGAGGCCCUCAAAAAGCUUGGAAUUCAGGUCAAAGUGAUAAAUGCUGCUCAUUCCUUCUAUAAUGGAACAACUACUCUGCCAAUAUCAGAUGAAGACAGGACCCCACGGAAAAGAAUUAGCAAAACAUUAAAUAUGACAACAAGUCCUGAGGAGAAAAGAAAAAUUAUUGGUGAUACUUUUGUUAAGAUUGCCAAUGAAGUCAUUGGAGAAAUGAGUCUGAAGCCAGAGGAGGUUUUUCUUGCCCAAGGCACUUUACGGCCUGAUCUAAUCGAAAGUGCAUCCCUUGUUGCAAGCGGCAAAGCUGAACUCAUCAAAACCCACCACAACGACACAGAGCUUAUCAGGAAGUUAAGGGAAGAGGGGAAAGUAAUAGAACCUCUGAAAGAUUUUCAUAAAGAUGAAGUUAGGAUUUUAGGCAGAGAGCUUGACCUGCCAGAAGAAUUGGUUUCCAGGCAUCCUUUUCCAGGUCCUGGCCUGGCAAUCAGAGUAAUAUGUGCUGAAGAACCUUAUAUUUGUAAAGACUUUCCUGAAACCAACAAUAUUUUGAAAAUAGUAGCUGAUUUUUCUGCAAGUGUUAAGAAGCCUCAUACACUGUUACAAAGAGUCAAAGCUUGCACAACAGAAGAGGACCAGGAGAAACUCAUGGAAAUUACAAGUCAGCAUUCAUUGAAUGCUUUCUUGCUGCCAAUUAAGACUGUGGGUGUGCAGGGUGACUGUCGUUCUUAUAGUUAUGUGUGUGGAAUCUCCAGUAAAGAUGAACCUGACUGGGAAUCUCUUAUUUUCCUUGCCAGACUUAUACCUCGAAUGUGUCAUAACAUUAACAGAGUUGUCUAUAUCUUUGGCCCACCAGUUAAAGAACCUCCUACAGAUGUUACUCCAACAUUUUUGACAACAGGGGUGCUCAGUACUUUACGCCAAGCUGAUUUUGAGGCCCAUAACAUUCUCCGGGAGUCUGGGUAUGCUGGGAAAAUCAGCCAGAUGCCAGUGAUUUUGACCCCAUUACAUUUCGAUCGAGAUCCACUUCAGAAGCAGCCUUCAUGCCAGAGGUCUGUGGUUAUUCGAACCUUUAUUACUAGUGACUUCAUGACUGGAGUACCUGCAACACCUGGCAAUGAAAUUCCUGUAGAGGUGGUGCUAAAGAUGGUCACUGAGAUAAAGAAGAUUCCUGGAAUUUCUAGAAUUAUGUAUGACCUAACGUCAAAGCCCCCGGGAACCACUGAGUGGGAGUAAUAAAUGUGUUGUUGAAGAACUGUGUGCAAUUGACGCUCAUUAGAAACCACUUGUUAAUGACAUGCAGUACUGUGAAAAAUGUUACUGAAGCAGCUCCUUCAUAUUCCAGGUCUCAUAGCAGCUAUCCAUGGCUUAGUGUGGAGCUGAGGAUGAUUAAAAAGGAAGGAAUCGUCUGGGUAAAUAAUCAAGGCACCAUUGCCCAAAUGCAGACAGGUUAUUCUUGCUUUUGCCUCACUCUUAUGUAUGGAUUCUUUUUUAUUUUUUUGGAUAUUUUUAAUUUACAUUUCAAAUGUUAUUCUCUUAUCCCAUCCCCCUCCCCUUCUUCUAUAAGGGUGUGCCGCUGCCCCCCCUCCCCGCCCCCUCAUCCCCCUCCACCGACAUAACCCCUUCACUGGGGGAGUCCAGCCUUGGCAGGACCAUAGAUUCUUGAUACCUGUAUAUGAUGAUGGAUGACUAGCUUCUGUCUGCUUGCCCACAUCUAGAAACUGUUAGAAACAAAACACCCUUAAAUUACCAGCAUGACUUACUGUGUGUGACUUUUGAAGAAUCUGAAUUUUUUUUAAAUUUUUAUUUUUUCUUAAACAAGUGAGGAAAACCUAUUCAUACCAUACAAAGGUAUAAGAAAAUUGUCUUGACAAUUUUUUUUUUUUUGGCAUGAUACAAGGAAAGUAAAAUAUAAGAUGCCUCAAAGAUGUAGCACACCAGGAAUUUAAUAUGGAAGCACUUAGAGUUUGAUGAUGUCACAGCCAUGAGUAAAAAGGAACUGACCGUGUUUCUUAUAGAUGCGUUCUUAUAGACGUGUUUUUCACCGUCAUCUUGUUAAUAUAGGCCAAGAGCUUCAUCUGUCCAGCCUUGUGUCACCAGUUCCUACAGCUGUGCAGAAAGACUUCUUAAUUUGUCCCCAAGGCCACUUCCAUACUCUUCCCAAAAGAGGCUGUCUCGGAAAAGGUUAAGAGAUGAGAACAUGUUCCUUUUCUUUUGGGAGAGGAAAUGUUUCUGUUCCUUAGGAAAGAGCUGUAGACGGACUCUCUGGGUCUGUAGACAGAAGUCUUGAUGGGUGCAGCAUAUUUGCCAGCAUCUUUUCUGCCAACUUCUGGAGAGGGUUCAUGACCACUUGAAUGCCAUUGAUGCCAUUGCCAGUAGUUCUCAUGGGUUCUUUAUGACACACAAGCCUGAGAAAGUAGGCAGUACAAAGUUAAGGUCUUCUAAGAAAUAUUACCAUGUUUUUCUCACUUGCUUUUACCCCAGGUUGCAGUCUGUUGUCGAAGAUCUUUUCUAUUACUCAAGCACCAAUUUCUAUUUAGGAUUCAGUGUUAAAUGAAAACAAAAUGACAUAUAGCAGAAGUCAUCUUUUUGGAUAGUCUAGAGGAUAGCCAGAAACUGCUGCUCAACCAAGGGGGAAGGAUCUCUUAACAGCAGACAUACACACUGGAAACAGUAUUUGUCUUCUACAAAAGGUUAAGUGUUCAUUGUCCCAGCGAGAAAGUUCUUUGUAAAAGGAAGAUGUGAUAGACUUAGGCAGAUUGAGGGUUGUGUUAUUUCUGAGUGGGAGCUGCCAAAUACAGAAUGUUUACCAAGGAAUCAGUGCAUGUUUGAUUACAUUAAAAACUUUGUUCUAGCAAGCAUAUCUGGUAUAAACAGCAAGAAUCAGGAAGGAUAUAAGAUGUUCUUACCCUGAAGUUGGUUACUGCCAUGGUCUGUGUAUAGCUGGUCAGGUGAUCUUUUGGAAGUGCUGCUUAUUUGUGACUUUUGCAUUCUGGACGUUGAUGGUAUAUAUAAUAUUCAGAAAGAGUUAAAAUGUGCUUACUGUUUUUCUUACGUUUUCUCUUAGAUGUCUUUAUGUAAUCUUUAAUGCUGAAAAGAAUUUCUCUAGAACAUAUCUGCACAUGAUAUAGAAACUUGGUGAAACUAAGAGGAUUUUCAGGUUUACUGUCUAUUUUCCUAUGUGGUCAUUUUGCCUUGUACUGUAUAGCUUACUUGAUGUCAUAGUAGUCCAUGUGGGCCAUUGAAAAUAGUUACAGUCAAGGAGACAAACAAGCUCAACUUGGAAAUGUGCCAGUGACUUUAAGAACCACCCUCCAGUUUUUCUUAGAGGAAGCCAUCCUUCCAUUAAGUGUAUUCCAGCCCUAAAAGCAUAUGGCCUUGCAAGCUGUUUACUUUUUGCUUGGACUUCGUGCUUAGUAACAUUUAUCACUUGAUAUACUGGGCAGUUUUGGCUUACACUAUUAGUUACUUGGAUACUUGUCUGCAUAAUUGUGUUUUAUUUCUUCAUAACUAUUAGAGUAAGAGAGAUCUGUGAAAAUGUGAUUUAUUCCCAAAUUGGCAGACCAGAAAAAUUUAAAAGUCAAAUCAAUAAAUCCUAGUCCUAUCUUAUUGGACCUAUCAGUGAUGGUCUGUCCAUGGGAUAUAACAACCUGACAUAAGUUUUUAUUUUACCUUUUUUUUUUUUUUUUAGUUUUAAGAGUAAUUUAUUUUACUUACAUGAGUACACUGUCACUGUCUUCAGACACACAGAAGAGGGCAUCAGAUCCCAUUACAGAUGGUUGGGAGCCACCAUGUGGUUGGUGGUAGGAAUUGAAUUCAGGACCUCCGGAAAAGCAGUCAGUGGCUCUUAUCUGCUAAGUCAUCUCUCCGCCCCCUGACAUAAAUUUUGAGGACAAGCUUUUAGAUGUAUCUCAGUGAUGGGAUUAUACUGUUUUAUUUAUUUUUUUGUUUUCUCUUCAUCAUAUAGUAGCUACAUGCAACCAUAAAUCAUAAUAUUGAUUUCAUUGCUGUGUGGGGACUUAGCUUCUGAUGGCCAAUUUUGGAGAAUAACUGAAUUCUAUUCUGUAUAGAGAAUGAGGGUAUUCAGGUAAAAUAGACAACACUGUUCAUCCUACUGUUUUGCCUUGCUGUUAAGGAAGCAUGGACCUGGAAAGGUCAGUUUAAUCUUGUUGCCUCAUCUUAUGAAGUUCCAACACCAAUCCAAUGCUGAAUAGUUACAUUUGUCUCUUUGAAACAGGAUUUAUUUGGCUCAUCCUCAAAUUCAUCAUGUAUUUGAGGAUGGCCUUGAGUCUUCUCACCCUUGCCUACACCACCUCAGUCCUGUGCUCAGUUUAUGUUACUGGUAAUUGAACCCAGAACCAUGUGUGUGUGCUUGGCAAGCACUUACCAAUUGGGCCACAUGCCUAGAUGCAUUCUUAGUUAUAAGCAAGAAAAAGCAUUAGCAGGAUAGUGUUUAUAUAAACAUUGAUCUGUUGCCACCAGCUGAAGAACAUACCAUCAAGAUUUGGUCAUCUCAGAUUCUUGAAAAUGCUCACUUGCAGUGUUUGUAGACUGUCUCUUUACUAUGUGUUUUUGGAAGAGCUGCUAGGAUAUGUUGCUGCUUUGACAACAGAUAAGUAUUUGUAAUUGUUAACUGUUGGCAGAGCAGGAGUGCAUUCAGGCUUUCUAAUUCUCUGUUGAAGUUCUGCAUACAACUAAUCAGGAAUAGAUCCACUAUCACAGUAUCAUCUCUUAACAGGAAUUCUGGGGACCCCAUUGCCUUUGAGAAAUGAUACCAACAUUCUCACUCCCUGUGUUCUGACCAUGCUUUCACUGCUCUUCUGCAUGAUCCUCACUCCACUCUCCGAGACUCUUUAGAGUGAUGUUAGAUGGCAAGCCUUCACUAAUAUUGCCUCAGUGAUGGAUACUUCUUUAAUUAACCCAAGGUUUAACUGAGUACAGGUUAAAUAUUUUCGACUGGAGAAUUCCCUCUUGUCUUGAUUGAAGUAGCUGUACCAGAUGGCAGAGGAAAACUAUCUUUUACGACACGAAGCUUGCACGGCAGUAAUGGCUUUUGCUGCAUCUGUAUCUACAGUUUUGUUGGGCCAUCAUUGGGAAUUGAACCUGGAUCCAGUUGUAGUAUGUGAACAUUUUAACAGCCCAUAAUGAGUCCCCAGAAUAUCAAGAUGCCACCUUUCAACAGUAGGCACACUGUAUACAGAAGAGUCAGCAUCUCAUGGAACUGUUCACCUUUUUAAUUGGAUCCCAACCAUGGUUGCUGUCAUCUGAGGAUUUAAAAACUCAAAUUUGACCAAAUUGGGGUGUGUGUGUGUGUGUGUGUGUGUGUGUGUGUGUGUGUGUGUGUGUGUGUGUGUGUGUAGCAUGCACACACACUAACACACAGUUACAAGUUUCUCAGAAAGAAAAAAUUAUUAAGGGACAUAACUGGUCUCUUGUUAGAGUCAAACAGGUUAAGAAUGUAGAUGAGAGUCUUGCUGAGGUCCUCAUUAGCUAAGUUUAGACCCUGGGUACUGACUUGGAUCUGCUUGCGUCUAUGUUCCAUAGAAGGUAGACAUACCAGUCUGUGUAGGGAAUCUGAAGGGCAACUGACAUGGUUAUCCAUGUUGAGAUCUGUAUACCCCAUGGACUUAUUCACCCUCUUUCUUCCUACUCUUUAGUUUUUCUUAGAAGAAAUCUACCCCUGUGUUAUAGCCACCUGCAAUUCUGAGAUUGCUCAGGUCAUGAGCUAAGGCUGAGCUAUCCCUACAUAGCUGGAAACAAACAAACAAACCCCAAAACUUUAGGACCUGUGCCAUUUGGUUAUUAGCUAUUAGAAAUAGAGGCACCUUCCGACUAAUCAUUUAAUGGCACCAUUGUAAUUUUCCUAUUAAGGUCUUUGUUUUCUGUGAACCUUGUGGCAGCUUUGGAGUUUAAUAUUUAGAGUUAGUAAAUACACAAAAGAGAUUGGUUAUUUCCUUCCUUCCUUUUGUGUUACAUUCAGAAACACAAAUAUGAGUUGAUUUACAAAAAGUGAAUGUAAACAUCCUCUGAAAAUAUUUUUUAUAAAGUGCUACUUGUUAAUUGAAAUGAAUAGUGUAGUUUUUGUGAAUUGCUGUAUAAUUGUUAGUGACUGCCAUGUAUUUUAUGUUGCAAUAAUAUUGACUAUAAAAUUGCUUUGCUAAAUUAAUGUGAAAUGACUAAAAUCCCUUCUGUCUUCAGUAAAUUUCUGAAAGGAAGAAAUGAUGAUUUCAUAAUUUGUCAUUAAGUCUUGGUGUUUAUGAAAAAAGAAAGCAAGAACCAAAAGGACCUGACAUGUUUAUAUUGUCAAAACAUUGCAUAUAUUAUCAAUGUUUGGAUAUAUAUAUUUAUCAGUAUACAUAUAUAUCAAGAGUUCUGGACAGUAAGCUUAGGUGUGUAGGAAUAUGUUGACAUCAUGUCCAGUGUUAACAGUGGACACAAGUCUUUGGGUUGUUCUGUAGUUAAAUGGCCAACCAAAAGUAUUAAAAGCACGUGUGCUUUUAAAAUUAGCCACAAAUGUUCUGAAUAUUAAUUUUUUCUAAAUAUCCAGCUUCUCAAAAUGCAGGGUUUACUAAUUUAAUGUAUUUUAUAGUGCUGCAAGUCAAACCCAGUGACUGAUGUGCAAGCAUUUGUCCACAGCUACAUCAUGAGCACUGGGUUCAUAUUUCUUUAUAGGUGUGUUACGAAUGGAGUAAAGUCAUCUCCUGUCAGAGAGAAUUAAAGGAAACCAUGGGCAGACACACUGCUGACAGCCAGGGUACUCUGCCUUGUUAGUGGUUCAAACCUGUGACCUGGUAUAGCCUUCUGCUAACCCAGAAAACAAAUUCAACUUUGUUUUUGAGAAGUUUUUCUGAGUUUAAGUCUGGAGAGUUCAUAAAUCAAAACUGUCAUUCUCCACUUUAAAAAAAUACCAUGUUUAACAUGGACAAGUUUUGUUAUUGUUCAUUUUAAAAGUUAUUUGUGAUGUAUAUUACAAGACUUUAUGUAGGUUAGAUCCUAAGAAAAGAAUUUAGAGAUCCUUAUCUAACCUUGCUAUUAAGUUAAAUCCUAACUUUGUCUUUAAUUAGAAUAUUGUACCUGCAUUGCUGUUCUUUUAGACAUUAUAUCACUGCCAAAUAGACUAAUUUUUCUUUUAAACCAUGUUAGUGAAAACCAUUUAAAAAUUCCCAUUCAUGUGGCUAUGUAAAAUAGAAUACACAGGAGACCUUUGUCAAGGUAUCUUUGUCUAAUUUCAUUGCAGUGUUUGGCAUUUACUCUAAUUUGUGGAAUAAAAGUAUUUAGCUAAGUGCAA